AUGGCUUCUGCCCUGCUUCCUCUAUGGAAAGACUCAAGCCCGUCUUCGGAACCGACGACUCUCGGAUUUCACCUGGUUCAAUCGCGAGGUGAGAACGUCUUCCUUUUGCCGGAAUAUUUAACUAAUGUCUCCUUGAGUGCUGCGCUUGGGCUUUUCUUGCCUGGUGUGGUUUCUCAUCGUGUAUCCAAAGCGCGAGUCGUCAUAACCUCAGGAAGAGGUUUGGACUGCCAGGCAAUAUUUGUUUCGAUUUUUGCGGUUCACUCUGCUGUCCAUGCUUCGCUUUAG